UCUACUGCGUAUAUAUGUAUAAAGUGCACGCAGCACACUUCACAUCUGGUUCUGUUUAGUCUCUGUUAUCUAAUGAUUUCCAAUAUGAUGUUGCUGCAGAGAAUCAACAUGCAACUGGUAUCUCUUUCUCAAGCUUAUAUAUUUUUAUCAGCAGUACCCUUGCUCUUAUCACUGUCUCACGGUUUAUGGAAGAAGGAAAGUAAUAUCAUCAAGGAAGGCGUUUUCCUUUCCCCCAAGUUUGACAUAGGACCCGGAUUAGUUGAAAAUAGAUAUUACUAUGAUAUAGACUUUCCAAGAGGCCAUAUUGCAAUCAAGGAUUUUACUGCUGAAGUGAUUGAUGAAGAAGGCAAUGCUGUACCUCUUUAUGAAACUUAUCUCCAUCAUUGGAUUGUUGUCAGAUACUAUCGACGUAAAGGGGUGACACACACUGGUAAUGAGUCCAAUUCAGAUCAAGUGACGGUAGCAAACAGUGGAUUAUGCCCUCCAGAACUUCUUGGACAGUAUUUUGGCCUUGGUUCUGAAACACGUGGCACAACUACUGAAAUUCCAGAACCUUUUGGGAUAGAAGUAGGUAAUCCUGCAGAAAUGCCAGAUGGGUAUGAGGAAAAAUGGUGGCUUAAUGUGCAUGCCAUUGACACUAGAGGUGUAGAAGAUAGGUUGGGGUGCAUUGAGUGCCAGUGUGAUCUCUAUAACAUCACAGUGGACUCAAAUGGCCAGCCUUUGAGGCCUGAUUAUUUAGGUGGUUUGCUGUGCUGCUAUGAUAAAACUCAAUGCAGGAUGAAGGAAGGCUUUGAGGGACCAAGGAGAAACCUCUACUUGAGAUAUACAGUUAAAUGGGUUGAUUGGAGUGAUUUAAUAGUGCCUGUUCAGAUCUAUAUACUUGAUGUGACUGAUACUUUACAAGCAUCGAAUGGUUCAAAUUCAAAAGACUUGAAGCAUAAUUGCGAGGUUGAGUAUCAAGUUGAGUCCUGCAGCAAAAACCAGAAGGAUGUUAGUGACUGCAUUGAUGUUAGGAGGACAAGCCUCCCAAUGCCUAGAGGCGGCUAUGUCAUCUACGGUGUGGCUCAUCAACAUAUUGGAGGAAUUUGUUCAACUCUGUAUGGACAGGAUGGAAGGGUUAUAUGUUCUUCAAUACCAAUUUAUGGAACUGGAAAGGAGGCAGGGAAUGAAGAAGGCUACGUUGUAGGAAUGAGCACUUGUUAUCCUCAACCUGGUUCCGUCAAGAUAAUGGAUGGUGAAACUGUAACUCUGGAGUCCAACUACAGCAGCAGCCGACCGCAUGCUGGAGUUAUGGGACUCUUCUACCUCUUGGUUGCAGAACAGCUGCCAAACUAACCCUCAGGACAUUCCUGAUAGUCAGUUUGUAGUGUUUUAGUUAUAUAGAGUCCAAUCUCUUGCUUAUAGAUUAAAAAUAUUACAGUAGUUUAUUGGACAAUAAUACAAGUAAAAGUUGUCUUGAUGACAAUUUUUACGGCAAUGUGAUCUUAAAAUAUAAUGCAAUAUUUUGCAGCACUAGGAGUUUUAUUAUAUUGUUCCAUGUAGUUUAUAUGUGUGUGUGUGUGCGCGCCGACAAUAAAUGUGCAAGUAUAAUUCUACAU